CAGAGAAUUUACGAUUCCCACGACGGAGAAGAAGAGCCACAAGCAUAGGCAAUCGCGCGAGCGAAGCGAGAGGAUCUCUGCUUCUACGACGGAAAGAGAGAGAGAAGAAAAAAACUGAGGGAGAAGGUCGUACAGUAUCGAUCUAUGCAACCGAUACCCAACACCUCGAUCCUAUGAGCUGGUUUGACAAGCUGCGUUGUUCUUCCAACCUGAGCCGCUUCAUUGCGGGCCUUCUCAUCUUCAUGCUCUAUCAUUCUUUCCGAUUAGUUUCCAAUUUCUUUAUUCCUAUACACCCUUCACAUAAAUCAUCAUAAUCAGUCACUUUCUCAUCGUUCCUUGCAAUUUCAAAUUCCAAUUGUUUUUCGUUUGUUCCUUUAUCGCACGUGACAAUUACGUUUCUCAAUGGAAUCCAAGGAACGGGUCUCCCACAAUCUGCUAGACGGCUCAUUUGCCUCCCAUAUCCAGAGGCAACAUGGUUCAACACCUUCAGUUAUAGUGAUUGGUGGUGGUAUAUCGGGGGUUGCUGCAGCACGUAUCCUAUCUGAUGCAUCAGUUAAGGUGAUCUUGCUUGAAUCAAGGGAUAGACUUGGUGGUCGUAUUCAUACUGACUACUCAUUUGGUUGUCCAGUAGAUAUGGGAGCAUCAUGGCUACAUGGUGUUUGCAAUGAGAAUCCCUUAGCUCCACUGAUAUGUGGUCUAGGGCUUACAUUAUACCGUACAAGUGGUGAUGACUCCGUGUUGUAUGACCAUGAUUUGGAAAGCUACACACUCUAUGACGUGGAGGGCCACCAAGUUCCUCAACAGAUGGUCAUUGAAGUUGGGGAAACAUUUAAGAGAAUUCUAAAAGAGACAGGGAAAGUAAGAGAUGAACAUACCAAUGACAUGUCUGUUCUUCAAGCAAUUUCAAUUGUGUUGGAUAGGCUUCCAGAACUACGACAAGAAGGACUUGCCCAUGAAGUGUUGCAAUGGUACAUAUGUAGAAUGGAAGCUUGGUUUGCGGCAGAUGCUGACAUGAUAUCAUUGAAAAGCUGGGAUCAGGAGCAUGUUCUUUCUGGUGGUCAUGGGCUUAUGGUGCAAGGUUAUGACCCUCUAAUAAAGGCUCUUGCGAAAGAUAUUGAUAUACGUUUGAAUCACCGGGUUACAAAGAUAUCCAACGUGUUUAAUAAGGUGAUGGCCACGGUUGAGGAUGGAAGGAACUUUCUUGCAGAUGCUGCUAUCUUAACAGUACCCCUUGGAGUUCUCAAAGCCAAAUUAAUUGAGUUCGAGCCAGAGUUGCCUGACUGGAAAGUUUCUGCAAUUUCAGAUCUUGGUGUGGGAAAUGAAAAUAAGAUUGCUCUGCUAUUUGAUACAGUGUUUUGGCCUAACGUGGAACUUUUGGGCAUUGUUGCGCCCAGCUGUUAUGCCUGUGGUUAUUUUCUCAAUCUUAACAAGGCAACAGGCCAUCCAGUCCUCGUCUACAUGGCUGCUGGAAGGUUUGCAUAUGACCUUGAAAAGCUGUCUGAUGAGUCUGCUGCAAAUUUUGCGAUGUCACAACUCAAGAAAAUGUUUCCUAAUGCAACUGAGCCAAUUCAGUAUCUUGUAUCUCGUUGGGGAACAGACAUGAACUCUCUUGGUUGUUAUUCAUACGACUUGGUGGGAAAGCCUGAAGAUGUAUACCAGAGGCUUCGAGCACCCUUGGGUAAUCUUUUCUUUGCAGGGGAAGCAGUUAGUGUCGAAAACCAGGGAUCUGUACAUGGAGCUUACUCAGCUGGAGUUGUUGCUGCUGAAAACUGUCAAAGGCAUCUCUUAAACAAACUUGGUAACAUGGAGAACCUCCAAUUAAUCUCUAUUAGGAGUGGAAUUCUCGAAGAUGCAAUUCCCCUCCAGAUCUCAAGGAUGUGAAGAAUCUGCUGUCUGCAGAUUAAAGAAAUUAAAAAAAAAAAAAAAAAAAUUGUGUUCUUUAAAGCUCUACAUGAAACACGGCUCUUUUGUGGCAGCAAAGGUCGCUGGCACAAGAGGGGGAAGAAGGUGUGUUGGUAAAAGGUUCAUUGAAUAAAUUUUAAUAGAAUUAAUGUAUUCGUGAAUUAAGAUCAUUGUGAAGACGGUGUAUGCAUAGACAGAUUUUGCAUCCCAAAA